ACCCCUAAGUUUAGACUCAGAAGAAGAUGACAGUGAAAGCAUCCAAUACAGGGUUAGGCAUGGUUUCACACCAACUUCUAACAGGAGUACUCCACUUCUCAAAUCUUCUUUCUUUGGUGAUCCAUGGAGGUACUUACAGUAUUUGUGUGUGUAAAAAUAUAGAUAUACCCUUUGUAAUCAUUACAAUAUUUUUGUGGGUCUUUUGGAAUCAUCUUAUUUGAACAUUUUAUUCUUCAAUCAGAUGUAACGGUUAACUAUAGAUAAUUAAUUUAUUUAAUUUAUGUUGGAUGUGAACCAUUUAAGAAGCUAAAAUUAAUUAAGAAUUUGGGUUUUUGUAAAUAUGUUUGUUUGAAUUAUUGAUUCAAUUAAUGAGAUUGAUGAAUUAAAGAUGUGAUGUUUUCAAACAACUAGCCGCAUAUAUAUAAAGUUACUAUUAUAAUUUACCAAUUAGAAAGGAAAAAAAAAACGCUACUAUUAUAAUUGCUUGGGAUUCAAGAAAAAUACUAAAUAGGAAACUAGGGCAAUCUCCUUAUGAUACGGAAAUUAUAGAUGUUGCAUAAGACAGAGACCUUAUAGGAGGCGGAGGCAAAAACUAGGGCAACAAAAUAGGAAAGUAACUAGUCAAUCUGAGAAGUUAUUAUUAUUGCCAACGUAACAAAGUAGUACAAUACUUCUUCACGAAAUUAAGAAAAAUACGUACUAGAUCGAGAACAGACUACGGAGAGAUGGAAAGGGAGAUAUCGUGGAAGCGAGGAAGAAGAUUGGGAAUGGGCAGAUUUGGUGUCGUUUCAUUAGCAGAGGCAUAUAAUGAAGGUAGUUGCAAUCCUCCAUUGUUGAUUGCUGUGAAAACUGCACAAGUGUGUCUCUCUGAUUCACUUCGCAAAGAAAGAGAACUUCUUCGGGAACUUGAAGGUUGUCCCUACGUUGUUCGCUGUUUUGGGGACGAAGUUUCGACAGAGAAUUGUGUUGAACUCUACAAUAUAAUGUUGGAGUAUGCAUCGGGAGGAAGUUUGGCGGAUUGUAUCAAGAGCUACGGUAAAGGAUUACCCGAAUAUGAAGUUAGACGAUACACAAAGAAUGUGCUGAUGGGUCUAAGUUAUAUUCACGAGCAAGGUUACGUUCACUGCGACAUAAAGCCCCAUAAUAUCCUACUUGUCAGUGAGGAAGAAGAAACUGCCAAGAUUGCAGACUUUGGGCUUGCUAUGAAAAUUGAAGAGAAAAGAAGCCCCAAGUUGAGAGGCACACCUAUGUAUUUGGCACCGGAGUCGGUUCGUCAUCAAGAGUACCUACCUCCUUCGGAUAUUUGGGCACUUGGGUGCACUGUGUUAGAGCUGAUUACGGGGGCAACGCCAUGGCAUUGCGAACCACAUGCCGAGACUUGUGCUCUUUUGUAUCGUAUUGGUUUUGGAAAAACACUGCCAGAGAUUCCAAGUUGGGUGUGUGUAGAAGCAAAAGAUUUCUUGAUGAAGUGUUUGGUCCAUGACCCAAAGUCACGAUGGUCUGCAGACAUGCUCUUAGGCCAUCCCUUUGUUUCAGCUACGGACAGUACUGCUAAGGAUGUUAAAGAAUUAAGAAAUUGCGUUCUUCCAAGUGAAACAAGAAAUGCAGCAUGUGAUGAUCAUCACUUCAGAGUUCAUCACUUGAUCUUCUAAUAAAACAUGCUAUCAACAUUAUUGGGUAGGGAACAGAAUUGCAGAAGUCUAUUAUUCCUUGGAAUUGUUGUGGUAGGGUAGUCACUGUUGCUCUAUUUAGGCAACAGAGCUAAAUUCAGUUCUUUUUGUAUAUGAUUCUGUGCCCUUUUUGCUCUAUUAUCCCUAAAUUCUGUUCUUUUUGUAUAUGAUUUUGUGCCCUUUUUGCAUCCCUAAAUUCUGUUCUUUUUGUAUCCUUAAUGUAACCAGCACUUUUUUGUGUGUGCUU